AUGGGUACACGAGUGUACGUUGGUCGUUUGCCGCCACGAGCAUAUGAAAAGGAUCUUGAACGAUUUUUCCGUGGUUAUGGACGAAUUACAGAGAUUUUACUCAAAAAUGGUUAUGCUUUUGUUGAAUUUGCCGAUUCGCGUGAUGCUGAAGAUGCAAUUUAUGAACGUAACGUAGAAGCCAUGAAUCUAAAAGAAAGCGGUUCAUUCAACUUCUUAAUUUUUUAUUAUAAGUUUAAUUUUCAAACAAAAGAUCGUUUAUAA